UGUGGUUCAUUUGGUGUGCGCGUUGUUUUCUCUGUCCUGGGGUUUUAUUUUGCCAAGUGGUUCUUAAUGCCUGUGUUGGAUAUGAACCGCCCUGCCACAGUUUUUAAAUCAACAGUUAAAUAGGCAAACAGCUCUGUCACAGUGAUUACAGCGCUCCCUACUUUUCUACACCGAUCAUCGAGUUGGAAACGUUGUAUCGCAACCUCCCUGUCUCUGUUGGAGACGUUGUAUCGCAGUGUCUGUCCACGACUUGCACAGAAGGUCUGCCCCAAGAGGGGGAGUUUGAAGAAAAACGCGUUCAGGCAACACACUUCGAAUUUGACAGUUCAGGAAGUGGUUUGAAAUGGGUAAUACCGCCACAACAUGUAGAAGACCAUCGAUCUGUCAGCAUUAAAUUUUAAUAAAAUUUAAAGAAGAAACACCUCGAAAAUGGCAUCAAGUAACUCGAGUUUGUCUGGCUCAUCGGUUUCGUCAGAUGCUGAAGAGUAUCAACCACCGAUAUGGAAAUCCUAUUUGUAUCAGUUACAGCAGGAAGCCCCACGUCCGAAGAGAAUUAUCUGUCCUCGAGAGGUUGAAAACAGGCCAAAGUACUAUGGAAGAGAGUUCCAUGGGAUGAUAUCACGAGAGCAAGCUGAUGAACUACUUGGUGGCAUUGAGGGAGCUUACCUCAUCAGGGAGAGCCAACGUCAGCCUGGUAGCAACACAUUGGCUCUGAGGUUUGGAUAUCAGACCUUAAACUAUAGGUUGUUCUAUGAUGGAAAGCAUUUUGUUGGUGAGAAGCGUUUUGAGUCGAUUCAUGAUUUAGUGACUGAUGGUUUGAUAACACUUUACAUAGAAACUAAAGCAUCUGAGUAUAUUUCAAAGAUGACUACGAAUCCCAUCUAUGAGCACAUAGGAUAUGCCACGCUGUUGAGAGAACAAACUUCAAAAAGACUGAUUAAAGCAAAGCAUGACAGUAGGAAGAUGUCCUUGAUGAAUGAUGAGAACAGUUCAGUUGAAAAGAUCACCUCACUUAUCAGAAGAGCUGCCUUGAAACAAAGUGAGAACCACUUCAAUUAUGAAAAAGCUCAUAACUUUAAGGUCCAUACAUUCAGAGGUCCUCACUGGUGUGAAUACUGUGCCAACUUUAUGUGGGGUCUAAUUGCUCAGGGAGUGAGAUGUUCAGACUGUGGACUGAAUGUACAUAAGCAGUGUUCAAAAUUUGUACCCAAUGACUGUCAGCCUGACCUCAAGAGAAUCAAGAAGGUGUACAGUUGUGACUUGACAACUCUUGUAAAAGCACACAAUACCCAGCGGCCAAUGGUGGUGGAUAUGUGUAUUCGAGAAAUUGAAGCACGAGGUUUGAAAUCUGAAGGGCUUUACAGGGUCUCUGGUUUUACUGAGCACAUAGAAGAUGUUAAAAUGGCAUUUGACAGAGAUGGUGACAAAGCUGACAUCUCUGCCACUGCAUAUGCAGACAUCAACAUCAUUGCCGGUGCACUUAAACUGUACUUUAGGGAUUUGCCUAUUCCUGUCAUCACCUAUGAUUCAUAUCAAAAGUUCAUUGAAGCAGCCAAAAUCAUUAACCCAGACGACAGACUGGAGGCCAUCAAUGAUUCCUUAAUGUUACUCCCUCCUGCACAUUAUGAGACACUGAGGCACUUGAUGACUCAUCUGAAAAGGGUAACUAUGUUUGGAAAGGACAACUUGAUGAAUGCUGAAAACCUUGGAAUUGUGUUCGGGCCUACAUUAAUGCGACCCCCUGAACAGAAUACACUGGCAACUUUGAAUGAUAUGCGAUACCAGAGACUGAUUGUUCAACUCUUGAUUGAAAAUGAGGAUGUAUUGUUCUGAGAGAAGAAAACAAUAUGAAGUAACACCAACAUUGUAGUUGCUGUUUGUGACUGAGCUGCAAAUGGCACUGGUGCUACUAUCUCCUUGCACGAUUGGCUAUGUAAGCUUAAGAAGUCUGAUGCUGCAGAUGAGUACUAAAACAUUUCCUGUAGCCUGCUUGUUAGGCAGUACAUGUUUAAUUAAGAGUUGAGGUUGGGAAAGAUUAUCUUAAUAUUCCAUAUGUUUUCCCACAAAAAUAGUUUUUGCUGUAUAACAUAACUCUUAUGAGUAAAACUGGUGUGUGACUACCACAAGCUACAUCUUGCUUUUUAAAAUCUAAGGCAAAUAUCCUCAUUUGGUAAAGCCAAUAAUCAGAUUUCCACUCGAAAGUUAGCUUGGUGCAGAAUGAGUUUUUUUUUAAAGUUAUAAUUAUAUUAUUUACCUGUUUUGUUUCUGAAUUACAUCACAGAAUUUUGAAUUGCACUAAGUGUCUAUACAUUAGCAUAUCAAUUAAUUUUUACCUAUACAUUUUCAAAAAAAUCAUUACCCAUUAACUUGAAUAGAAAUUUGUGCUACAUAUAACAAAUUAUCAGUAUACUAGAAAUGAUCAAUUUUGCAUUACUUAUAGGAAAUAAUGCCGGUCACACGCAGCAGUAAAAAGAUGAUAUUCAAACAGUAAUUUUUUAAUUAUCAUUGUACACUUCUGCCCUUUUCUGCCCAAAGCUUCCCCAUUGUAUUUACAUUCAGCUCACAAUGAGAACUGAAUUAAUUUUCACAUUGCUGUAUUUAUGACUGCCAGAGUAAUGAAUGGAAGGCAUUUAAUUUGUAUAUAUGUAUAAAGCUGUGUUUAGUUAUCAUUUUGGUAAUGAUAGAAGAACGUUGCCAAAUUAAGAAGGAAGGAUCUUCUGUAUUUCUUCCAUUUUAUUUUGCCUUGUGAACAUUAGCUAUAUUCCUGGUUAUUACAGGCCAUGUGGGCUGCAUUUCAAAACUGUUGAACUUCAUACUUUCUUUGCAAGUUUCUUUCAUACAUCAUUUUGGUUAGAGAAAACUUAUCAAUCCUUUCAUGUUUUGCAGUGGCAUAUUAGUAGUUUUCUGUGGUUCCCUUGGUGGUGUUAACUCAUCCCUUUCAAACAAAUAUAUUUCAAGUAAAUUGAAGAUGUUUUAAGAAGUGUUCUGUGAUAUGAUUUUGAUAGUUUUCAAACGCAAAUAUAUGUUUUAACUAAAUCAAAUGCUGCAAAUGUUUAAAAGAUAACUUUUAAAUUCUUUUGAGAUGUAAAUUUACAUUGUUUAGUGAACUGAGCAUAGUCACUGGUACCUCUGUUUAAAAUAUUUUGCUUCAGAAGCUUUUGGCUAUUUUAUUUCUCAUCAAUGAAUGUGUAAAAUGAUGCCAGAUUUACUUGUAAAUUAAGCAAUGUACUGUGAAAAAUUUAUUAAAUGUACUAUUAAAUUUAAA